AUGAAUAAUUCCAUUAUUAAAGAUCCUCUGGUUGAGCAAUUUGAACUAUUAAACUAAGAUGCAACAGCAGCUAUGUAGUAUUUAGCAAGUAAAUUUAUUGUCUAAUUUAUUAGAUAAUUACGAUAAAGAAUAAAUAUUGAAACUAACAAUAAAAUUAAAUGAAUUAUUAAGAAAAUCUGAAGAUGAAAACCAUAAAUUGAUAGUUGGAGUAGCUAAACCUUAAGGAUUAGUGAAAUUGGCAGAUGAUCAUUAUUGUAAAUUAUUAACACAAUAUGCUAAUUUCUGCUAAGAGAAUGAGAAAAUUGAAAAAUAAAGAAAAUAAAUAGAUAAAUAAACAAACUAAUAUAUUGCUAUUUUAAAAGAAUAAAAUAAUGAGAUGAGCUAGAGUAUAUUACAGAUUAAGAGAAAUGAUGUAUUUAAAGAUGAGUAUAUACGUAAUCUUGAGAAAAAUUACAAAAAUUUAUAAUAAGAGAAUAAUUAAUUAAAUGAGAAAAUAAUAAAAAUAUAGUAAUAGAUAGAUACUUAAUAAAAAUCUUUUUAAUCAAUAGAUUAGUUAGUAAGAGAGUUGAGUGAAAAAUACAAUAAACUUCAAGAAAUUACAAUAUAACAGCAAAUUGAAAACUUGGAUGAAAACUCUAUGAGGAUUGAGGUAGAUGUUCCAUAAUUUAAGGAAAAUAUCUAAAAUCUCAAUAUGGAACGAGAAUAAACUAUUAAAUAUAUGAAAGAUUUAUUAAAAGAAUUUUAAUCUAAUAAUUAGUAGAAUAUUAAUAGGGUCAAUAAUAUUAAUGAGUAAAGAAUUUAAAACAUUAUCAACACUAUGAAAAAUGUAAUUAAUUAUAUAAAAAAUGUGGAAUAGAGUAUAGAGAUUACUAAAAAAAAUAUAAUUAAAUUUUUUAAAAAUUAAAAUUCUAAAGAAAAGAAUACAAUGUAAUUAUUGGUUACACAAUUGGAUUAAAAUAAAAAUUGUUUUAAUCAUGUUAGACCAAUUUUAGAAGAUUUAUUAAAUGUUUUUAAUUAUUUUGGAGUUAUUAAUGAACAACUAUAUUCAAACAAUUAAAUACUUGAAAAUUAAUUGUAAAAUUUAAAUAAUAGAAAUAAUGAUUUCGAAAAAAAAAUUGAAAGUUUAAUCAAUGAAUUGGAUCAAAAAAACGAAGAAAAAAAAAUUAUAAAAGAAUAAGUUAUUUAUUCACAAGAAAAUAGAAUAGAAACACAGUCUUUAAAUAAUUUAAAUUAAUAUUCUAAACUCUAAAAUCAAUUUUUUGAUAAAAUUAAGGACAACAUAGGUAAUAUGCUUAUUUUCAAUUUAAAUUUUUUUGUUUGUUGGAUAUUUCAUAUUAAUUCAAAAUAACAGAAUACAUAAUCAUUAGAAAGUACAAAAAAUUUUAUUCUUGGUUUAUAAGACUAAAAAAAUAAAAUUGAAUUAGAUAGUAUGCAAUAAUAGUUGAAAAAGAAUUUAGAGUUUAUUGAGUAGAUUUAUUCUUAACAUUCUCGCUAUUAAAUUUUUAAUAAGUGUCAUUUGUAAAAUUUAUAAUCCAUAUUGAAAAUUUUGUAAACGAUCUAAAAUUAUAAGAAAGAAAUUGAGAAUCAUGAAAAAACUAUUUAAAAAACAAAUUGA